AUGGGUCCGAAACAGCGGCCGACGAGCUGCUCCCUCGAGGCCCAUAUGCUGCGAAAGUGCCAGUACGGAAGGAGGUGCCAGUGCAGUUUCUGGGGAUGCAUCGACUCUUACUUGGAGGGGCCAGCGGCACAUCAGCCGGCCACCGACGCGACCGAGUACGAGUGCAGUUUCACGCUCGAGGCGAUCGAGUUCCUAGGUGAGGACUUCCUCCUGUCCAUGGGUUCGGUCGAGAAGGAAUUGUCCGAAGCGAUCGAGCCCUUCGAUGCAAACCCCCCCUCGCCCACGAGUUCGAUCGGGCAGGAGGCUUUCGACCAGGGCAGCCUCAAGGCAGACGCGCCCUGCACGGGCUAUCGGCCACGCGGCGGGGACAGACGCAGCACCACAUGCCACGGCCCACCGUCGGGGUGGGAAGACCCGCUCUACGGAGGCGGCGGGAAAAGCGGCAGCAGGACCACGCAGCGGGUCCGGGCCGAGAAGCUGCGGGCGCAGGACCCGCUCCAGAGGGCGCAGAGCGUCGCCGCGGUCGCUGCCGAGCCGCAGCGGGCGCCGACGGGCCCGCGCCAGGGCGAGGGCGCGCCCCCCGCGGGCCCGCGCGCGGAGGCGCGGCCACCGACGGCCACCAGCACGAAGCCCCGGCGCGAGAGGCGCCGGCGGGGGGACAGCCCGAGCAUCUCCGGGCUGCGCCCCCUGACGGCCACCGUGGACAGCGGCCAGGAGGUCACGCAGACCCAGGUUAUCUCCGAGCCCCAGGAGGUCAUCUCGACCAUCACCUCCGGAGCGCCGCCCUCGGCGCUGGAACCCAGUCCGAAGGGCCCCAUCGCCAUCCUGGCGGCCACCCGCGCGGAGUACGAGCAGUGCGAGCGCGAGCGGGAGGCCUUCGGGAAUCGCCAGAAUAUCACCUACGUCGUCUUGGACAUCAACGGGUCCGACUCGGUCCUCCUCGAGGGUCAGCGGGGCUCCCGCUCGUCGGCCAAGGCCAGUAUCACCUACCUCAGCGACUCCGCGCCGAAACGCGCGGGGCUCCACUCCUCCAUGAAAGACGACGAGCUAGUCGCCACCACCAAGCUGAAGAUGGUCAACUUCCGGAUCACGAUCUCCACGGAGUUCGCCGAUGAGACUCUCUUCCACGUGGCCUCCGCGGAGCCGCAGACCACUCCCGCCCUCGUCCUCGGGGAUGACCUGGCGGAGCGCGCGCUGCGCGCCCGCGGUGCCAUCGCCUACGAGGCGGAGGUCGCGCGCAUCGCGCCGACGACCGAGGCCAACGCCGACUCCUUCGGGAAGGCCGACGCCAUCAAAAGGCACGUGCGCAGUGCCCCCGCGAACCUGAUCACCGCCCGGGACCUCACCACCUGGGCCACCGAGCGCGGCUUCCAGAACGUCACCGGCGCUGCCCGGGCAGGCGCCCGCGCGUGGACCCUCUACGGGGGCACGCCGGCGGGCGCGGUUGCCACCGCCCACGCUUCCGCGUCUGGGGCCAUCGUGUCUCGGGCUUUCUCGAAGAACGGCGCCUCCGCCAAGGCCGCCCGCCAGGACGCCCCCAUGGGCGCUGCUGCGGCCGCCGCCGCGGUCCCGGAGGACACGGAUGCCGCCUGGGCCAGGAUGGCUGGGACCGCCCCCCACGAGGCGGAGCUCGCCGCCAAGCAUGCCAAGGGCGAGAACGGCAAGCCGGCCCAGGCGCUCGCCGCCCUCGCGCCGUCCAAGUCGACCCCGAAAACCGGCGACUUCAAGCCCGGAGGUCUGCUUCAGGCCAACAUUCGCCUCGCCGCUCAGGCGCAGGCCCUCAAGAAGCUGUUCAAGGCGACCGAGGAGGACGCUGACAAGAUUGGUACCACGGGGACGCCCGCCUAUUCCCUGGCAGCCCGCCUCGUCGCCAAAGCCACCAACUGUGACAUCCACGCGUGGUCUCGCACACCGGGCGUCGAGAAAAGGGCGCUCUACGGCCGCGAGCAGGGAGCAAAGCCACGCCUGAAGGAGAUCUGGCCGAAGUUGGACGACCUCAACAACAAAUGGCUCCAGCCGAAGCCCGAGCACACUGAGACGGUCGAGUACCGCCAGACCUUCGAGGGCUGGCCCCGCCUCGACCCCGAGGCCAUGUCCACCCUGGGCCCCCCCGCCCCUUCCAGCGCGGCGGCCGCGACCCGGGCGCCCAAGCGCCGCCCCGCGGCAGCGCUCUCCCAGGGGGCCCGCAGCACCCUGGGCCUCGAUACCGGCGCCCCUGACGACGCCGAGGCCACCGCAGCACGCGUCAAAGGCUGCGGGCAGUGGACGCCGCCCGCGCCACCCCCGCACCUCUCGAGGAGCCAAGCCUCCGCCUGGCGUCACCACAAGGCCACCGUCCACUGGCGGGAGUGCCAGGGCGCUCCGCCCCCCAAGCUGAAGGACCAACCCGCCGCCAUCAGCCGCAGCGCCAUUCAAGCCCCUGGGCCCGGCCCUCCUUCCGCGAGGCCCGCCGCGCCAAGCCAUUCAAAGCCCACCUGGACUGAGGACUGGAAAGCGGCCCUCCCCGCGAGCGUCCAGCCCAGCGUGCGCAGCCCUGACGAGAACACGGUUUCUUCCCACGUUCCCAAGAGCGGCGGCAUCCAGCACCGCUUCACGUGCUCCAUGCGCACCAAGACCACCAACCUGAUCCAAUUCAGGAACGACCCAUGCCGGGCCAGGCCCGCCACCAUGACGCGCUUGACCACGCCCACGGCCAUGCGCGAGGAGGAGGCAGCCAUCAAGGUCCACGAGGCGGAGCGGAAGAGCGGCAAACGGUUCCUCAAGACGCACGGCGAGCGGCGGAAGGAGCUCUACAAGGAGCGGCACUCCGACCCGGCACAGCGCGAGAUCAAGCGGAAGAACGACAGGAUCCGCAGGGAGAGGCACCACUCCGACCCCGUGAUCCGACAGCGGGUCGCCCGCCAGAAGCACGCGAGCCGGCUCCGCCGCGAGGCCGCCGAGGCCAAGAAGCGGCCGGCCGCUGCCUGCAGACGGCGCCCACCCGCCGUAGACCCCCUGUACGGCGGGGGGGACAAGACGGGGGAGACGGAGCUGCAGGUCGCCACCCUCCAUGUCACGAGCCUCCGCGCGGACCGCUUGGAGGAGAUGUUGGUUUUCCCUGCACUUCUGCCGCGGUGCCUCACCGGGGACCUGAAUUGGCACCCCUCCUACGAGAACGCGUUGCCCGAGCACGCCUUCCUGCGCCCUGCGACCAAGCCCACCACCGUGGCCGAGACGAGCCCUACGAGGGCCAUGGGUACCAGCAUGGAGCUUAAGUUGAAGGACGUUUCCUUCCUCCCCCUCAUCCCGCACCACGGCCUGGUGGUCUUCCCCACCAAGAUCGCCAGCCCCAAUGUGCAGGUUACAAGCACGCGCCGCACCACGCGGUUCAAGCUCGACUCCGGCACCAUCCUGCUGCCGAGCGACGUCGAGGAGCUGCAGAGCGAGAUCAACGCCCCCCCCCCCGUCUGCGAGGCCGCCGCCCCCCUCCCUGAGAGAUGGUCGCGGUGGCAUGCCCGGGCCGAGGGCACUCUGACGGCAGCUGCGGAGCGCGGAUGGCCACUGCGGGACGGCGCUGCCGAGAGGGGGAAGGGACCCCUCCCUACCUCACGCAAGGUGGCCACAACCCCGGCGGCGCGGCCCUCCGAGCCGAUGGAGCUCAUCCGUCUCAAACGUCUUGGUCGGCGCAUGGCGCACCAGCUCCGCGACCAUGCAUGCGAGCUCCUGUCUGGCCCCAUCCUGGACCAGCACGUCGACAACGCCCUCCGGGGCCGGCUCACUGCUGGCCCCCGCGGCCGGCCAACGCACGCGGAGGCGCACGCCCAGGUCUCCAAGGCCGUCUCGGCGAUCCAGCGGGACCUCAUGAAGGAGCGCCGCACGGAGUGGUGGCGCCUGUUCCAGCAUUAUUAUCCAGAGACGUGGCGCGCAGCCACGGCAGAGGUCCAUGGCCCCUCGGAGUGCCCCAGCUUCAACGCCACGGACAUGGCCGAAGAGUGGAAGAAAGUGCGGGACUGGUGUCCCUCCUGCGCCAAUUUUCGGGCCGCCGUCCGCAAAGCUAAUGGCAGCGCGGGUUACGACGGAUGGCAUUCGAGCGAGCUGAAGCUGAUUUCAGAACACUUCGAGUUUCUCUUGUUCGACCUCUACAUGAUGUGGCGCGACACCUGCGAGGCUCUCCUGGUCGAGCGCCCCUCCCUGGAGCUCCAGCACCUCAUUUUCGCUUGGCGCGUCGUGGGGGUGCCCAAGAAGGACCCCACGCAGUCUCGCCCCAUCGGGGUGGGCUCGGUGCUCCUCCAGGCCUGGCUCACAGCCUGUGAGCCGAGCCUCCCCACGCCGCAGGACGCCGACUUCGCCUGCAAGGCUGGCUCCACGGUGGUGCACGCCUGCUGCCUGUGGCUGCACGCCUGCCAGCACGGCCAGUGCGAUGGUCUCCCCUGGGACAUCAAUGGUACGAAGUUUCUGUUCAUGGACGACCGCUGGAAGCGGGGCGACAAGCAGCAGAUCGAGCACAUUGGCAUCCUCGCCGUGCCCGACGACCCCUACGCGAAGAUCACGCCCGCAGCAGGCUGGGACAAGCUCCGCAAGUGCCUGGCAGCCAUUCGCCGCCUCCCUGGAGGCAGCGAGUCCCAGGCCACGGCCGUGCGAGCCUACGCGAAGUGCACUUGGUGGUGCCGGGGGCGUAUCAAGGCCUCCAACAUCGACUUGCACCCUGUCUACAGCGCGGUCCUCGUGGCCAUCGAUCGCAUUGCCUAUUGGGAAAUUCAGUGGAGUGAUUUCCUCGAGGUGAACUUCAUGGCGCUUUUCGAGGCCAUCGGUUUCGAAUUCUUGCAGUAUGACCCUGGGCGCGGUGUCCAAUUCCGACGUCCAGUUGACGAGCCGGACGCGCUCGUACGACGCCUGCGUGGACGCAGACACAUUUGUUGGAGCGACGAGAAGAAGGUGCCGCACCUGAUCCGCCAAGUAUGCCGGGCAAGAGCCUUGGCCAAUACCCGUGCUGAGCGCAAUGACGCAGAGGGGGUUGACCAGAUCGACCUCGAAGCCUCCUCGGCCAAAGUUUGGGCCAUUUUCAGAGGCUCCCUGACGCUUGAGGACUAG